AUGCUUACCACCCCGCAAGUCAGCCGGUUCACCGCCAUGCCCAGGCUCGAGCCCUGCGCACGCAGCCGCAGCGGCGUGAUCUCUGCCGUGUACGUGGACGGGAGCGACCCCCACCCGACCGAAAACGCCGCGACCGUGGCCAGCGUGAACGCCACGCAGGCAGCCGUGCUCGCUGGCGACGUCUCGCCGAUGCAGAGUGUGAGAGCCAGGCCGGUCAGCGAGGCGGCCACGCCGCCGGCGCUGGCCAGCAGGAGCGGCCGCCGGCCGAAGCGGUCGGAAAAGAGCGAGACCACGAGUAUGAAGCACGUCUUGACGACACCGAUGGCCACGGUGGCGCCCAAGAUGGCGCUAUUCGACGACAUGCCUGCCUUCUUGAACAUGAGCGGGCUGUACAGCAGGAUGGCGUCGACGCCCAACGCUUGCUGGAGGAAGUUGAGCCCGACCACGAAGACAAGGAUCCGCCGGACCAUCGCUGACGGUCGAAAGAUCAGCUCCCGCCACACGCCGCUAUCGGCUUCUCGCGGCGCCUCGACGACCCGCUUGAUCUCCUCAAACCGGAGCUCGGCCUCGGCGGCGGUAUCGGAGGUGCGCACGAGCACUGCGCGCGCGUCGUCCUCGCGCCCGCGCAUGGCGAGCCACCGCGGGGACUCCGGCAUGGCGAGCACCCCGGCGGCGAGGAGCACCGGUGGGAGCACGCCGAUGGCGUACAUGACGCGCCAACUGAGGUGCACCGGCAGGCCAGCCAAGGCGUAG